CCGAAUUUCCAUAGUCUUAAACAUAGAAAUAUGUCUACUGGCAAUUUAUAUUCACUCUAUAUAAAUAAAAUGUACAAAAACAGUGUAAGCUGUUCGCUUGUAGUCAAUCAAAAAAAAACACUGACGAUGUGGUUUAUUACUCUAUUGUUGAUGUUGUUCCUAACGGAGAACGGAUGUUUUGGUUGCUCAUGUGCCCCCACAGGGCCUCUUCGAGUAGCCUUUUGUAGAAGCAGUUUUGUUAUAAAAGGUAAACCAGUGAAGGAGGAACUCAGUGCACCUAUUGAAGGCGAUUUGUACAGCAGCAACAGGUAUUGGGAUGUCGAGAGAAUAUAUGACGUCAACGUAAUAGAAGUGUUUAAGGCACCUGAACACGUUCAAGUGAAACCAGGAGAUGUUAUCCAAGCUGUUACUGAUGCUAGCGGGUCGUUGUGUGGUGGAAAUUUAGAAUUAGAUACCGAACAAUUAAUUAUAGGCGGAGUUAAUGACGAUGGUCAGUUAACCUUUAGUUUAUGUUCCCACAAGGAACGAAAUGGGGUGACACCUUUACAGUUAGAAGGAUUGAGAGGAGAAUACUCUUGCUAAUAAAUUAAUGUUUAGAGAUACGUCCUAACAACAAAGAACUAACGAAUCAUCUAUGAACUUAUUUUGGAAAUGCAAUUGGUUCUCAACUGACAUACAAAAGCUGUAAAGAAUAAAAAAAAAAAAAAUCGGAAUGAAAAGAAGACGAAAAGUUAAAUGUGUGUGCAUACUUGAAGUUAUGUAUAAUUGUUACAUUUAGAAAAAAAUAAUGUAUUUUGUCGGAAGUGAAAAAUAAAGGAACAUGUCUUACAAUAUAA